GUUAUCCAUUAUUCUCUUCAGUUAGUCUUACCCCCUCAUGUCAGUCAAGACUUGAGCAAAUUUAUAAUUCGUCAGAUAUAAAUACUUGUAUUCCUUUUAGCCAACUCGCUUCUUUAUUAUCUCAAAGCAACCCUUCUUCCGAUCGUACUAAUUUAUUCAAUACUGUUUGUUUGCCAAAGUGCAGUGAUACUUUUAUAUCAUCGACUCUCUCAAGUUUCAAAACAGAUUGUACAUCUGAUCUUGCUGCAAAUAAUCCUGCCGUUUUUGGCGUUGAACUUUUAUUUACUUUUUAUUCCCCAUUAAUAUCUUCAUAUUGUUUUAAAAAUACUACUGGAGGGUCAUGCCUUUUUAAAUAUCGACAAGAUUAUGCGACAUUUGCUGGUGCUGGCGUGUCUCCUGCUAAUACUAACCCAUUAAACUUUACCAUAUUACCUGACAUUACAAAUGUUCCUUCUUCAAUUGUAUGCACUAAUUGCGGAAAAGCUUUGGCAAAUGUUUUUUUAAAUUUCUUGGCUUUAAAUCCUGGUGAUUAUGCUAUUUUAGGCACAAGUCAAAGUGAAAUGAAUGAUCGUAAACUUCAAUAUACUGCAAAAUGUGGUUCUUCAUUCCUUGAUGGUAAUAUUCCUGACACUGCAUCAACGUCAACUUCAACCCCAAGUCCCGAGAAAAGUUUUUUUGAUAAUCCAUUAUAUAAAGGAUUAAUUAUUGGUGGUGCUGCUCUUAUUGUUGUGUUAAUAAUCACUUGUAUUAUUGUCGG